AUAGCCAUUGCAAACUCAAUCAGACUACUUGCAAUAACUCAGUACGUUCACCCGCUGCGUCUCCUUGAACUGUCAUUGGAAAUGCUUUAUGCAUUGUAAUCGACUAUCUAUACAACUGCAGACAUAACCUGCGCACUCUUAGCUCUGAUCUGCACCGCAAGCGCCUCCCAUCAAGUACCGAGAGAGCGAAACCCGCGCAGAGCAAGCGCGAUAGGCCUACUAGGAUGCUAUCGUCAGCGCGUCGCCUCCUAGCCACUGUGGCCGAGCAGCGGGCUCUGGCGAAGGCGGACGCGCCUGCUGCGGCAGCACAACUGCGUGCCCGAGCCGGCCUCGCCUCUGUCUCGUGCUGCGGCAGCACCACUGCCACCAUCACCACCCGGCUUGGCGCUACCGGCAGCUGGCGGCACAUGUCCAGCGCAGCUGACAGCACCUCCUCCUCCUCCUCCUCCUCUUCCUCCCAGCAGCAGCAACCCCCUGCCCAGCAGCAGCAGCAGCCGGAGGCGUCAACCAGCUCGGCCGCCGCGUCCUCCCCGGACGGCCCCAUGAGUGAGGUGGUGCAGCAGCUGACUAAGGCCUCGCCCACGGGUCGCUUGCUAGACCUCUUCACGCCCUCACAGCAGCAGAUCCAGACGCUGCAGAGAAGCCGGGGGCCCGGCCGGGGGUCGCGCUCGGGGACGGGGCCAGCGGGGCCGGCGGCGGGCACGGGCGUGCAGGCGGCGGAGGCAGCGGCGCCGCUGACAGCUGACAGCGAUGUGUUGGAGGUGCUGAUGCGCGCAGUGGACAACUGCAAGCCGCUCAUGAAGGUGAUCCAGAGCAAGGCCGGCACGCGUGUGGUGUACCAGCCCCGGCCGCUCAACCCCGACCAGUCCACCAACUUUGCAGUCAAGUGGAUCCUGCAGGCGGCACAGAAGCGCCGCGCCGGCGCCAAGGGCGUCGCGGGUGCUGCCAGCAUGGCUGAGGCCCUGGCGGUGGAGCUCCUGCUGGCGGCGCAGCGCAAGGGCGGCGCGCGGGCGCGGCGGGACGAGGUGCACAAGCUGGCGCUGGACAACCGGGCCAACCUGCGGCGGUAAUAGAUGUAUGGGGAUGAGCGGGCAGGUGAUGACUGGAGGUGGUGGGGCGGAUGAGCAGGGCGAGCCGACCUGCGGUGAUGGGGAUGAGCAGCCGGGCCGGCCGGAUGUGGUGGUGGUACGGCCGGGCCAGGCAAUCGCACCGCUAGCCAGCGAUGGCCGGGCCAGACACCUACCUGUGCGGGCGGGGCUAUGCUAUCUAGGGUAGAUUGAUUGAGGCGGCGGCGAACAGGCCGUGGAACGGGAGGCGCAGGGGUGCGCGAAGGUGUGGAUGGAUGCACUUGCAGCCGCCGAUGAAUACCGCGGAAUAAUUGGCAGGGGACGCGUUGGUGCAGCAGGAAGGCACCAUGGCGGGGUACCGCACGCAGGCUGGGGCCUCAAUCUGCAAGGGUGGCGCGUUUAUGGACAGCGCACAGCAGUUGUGCGUGUUGUUGACAUGGUAGGCAGGUGGUGUCACGGACUCACGUUAUAUAAUUGUUGUUGGCUUGUGACAGGCAGGUGCAUGCAUGGUCAGGCAGCCGAUAGGCCUAUCGGCUGCCGUAGGCCUAUCGGUGCGUGGCCAUGUGUGCCGACCGCCCUCACUUGAUUGGAGAAUGACGGCCAGGCGGUCCGUGGGCCACGGACCACGGGUACACUUUUACUCUGUACCGUACGUGCUGUAACAACUCACCAGC